AAGGGGUCUGUGCCCCGCCCAUCCCGGGGCCCCUCCUUUGCCCCGCCCUCCGGACCGCCUUCCCCAUUCAUUCUCUCCUACGGGGUGUCACCUGCGCCCCCUUCUGGUCUCAUGUUUGGGGGUCUCUGCUUCCGGUCACCCAAACCCUGGGGUCCUUCAACGCUGGUCCCUGCUCCAGGACCCUCACGGGCUUUUAGCUUUUCUCCAGCAGUUGGAGCUCCCAUAUCUCUUUUGGGUUCUCCAGCCUUGGGGGCUCCUACACUCAGUUCUCUCCAAUUCCUGCUCUCCCACUCUUCCCCUCCCCCUUCUCUUGGCUAUCCCUGCUUUUUACCCUUCCCCAGCCCCGUCUUAAUUCUUUUUCUCGAAGCUGUAUCUGUUGAAGACAUCCUCAUUGCUACAUAGUGAUUUUUUCCACUCUCUCCCUCAUCUUCGUGGUUGGGUCGCUGAGGUCUAGAGGUGUGAAGAGAACAGAAGCCUAAUGUAACUUUUCAGCUUGAGUUUUCUCCUUGAUGACACCAGCCGCGCCUCUACCUUCUCUGGUGAUGAUGAUAGGAGUUGAGGAAUCUAAGGUGGAAGAAACCAAACAGGAAGAUGUCUAGUGGCCUCUGAAGCCCUCUGACAAGUUGAUAGAACCCACUGUUCCUUCUGGCUAGAGAAGAAUUUCCAGCCUGACUGAUUAAGAUGCUGAAGUGUCAGCUGUGCAAGUACAUCGCCUCAACACAGCGACCUGACGGGACCUGGCGCAAGCAGCGGAGGGUGAAAGAAGGCUAUGUGCCCCAGGAAGAGGUCCCAGUGUAUGAGAACAAGUACGUGAAGUUUUUCAAGAGUAAACCAGAACUGCCCCCAGGGCUGAGCCCCGAGGCCACUGUGCCUGUCACCCCAUCCAGACCUGAAGGUGGUGAACCAGGUCUCUCCAAGACAGCCAAACGCAACCUGAAGCGGAAGGAGAAAAGGCGGCAGCAGCAAGAGAAAGGGGAGGCAGAGGCCUUGAGCCGGACUCUCGAUAAGGUGUCCCUGGGAGAGACAGCCCAAGUCCCCAGUGCUCCGCAGGGCUCCCGGCCAGCCCCUACAGCUGCCUCUGACCAGCCUGACUCCACUGCUACCACCGAAAAGGCCAAGAAGAUAAAGAAUCUAAAGAAGAAGCUUCGGCAGGUGGAAGAGCUGCAGCAACGGAUCCAGGCUGGGGAAAUCAGCCAGCCCAGCAAAGAGCAGUUGGAGAAGCUAGCAAGGAGGAGGGCGCUGGAGGAGGAGCUGGAGGACUUGGAGCUAGGCCUGUGAGGCCUUUGGGGAAUAGGGAAUGGACUGCAGGACAAACCAUGGGGCUCUCUGGGGUCCUGGGGAAUGUGGGCAGCAGCAGUCAGGAGGGGUACCCCUCCAUCCUGGCUCACUUCCACCUCUCGUGGCCCAACUCUGUGCUCCAGAGCCUAGCCUCUCCCUCAUUCCUUCCCUGUUUUUCCCAACUCCUAUUUUUUGGACUUUUCCCCCUCCCGUUCCCAGUGUUCAGAGUCUCAGUGACUACCCCAGGUACUUUUGCUGCUGAUUUGGGUGUCUCGUUUAAAAGAAGACCACAUGGGUGGAAAUCCGUUGGAGAACUGAGGUUGAGGGUCGGGGAGUACGCCCAAGUCUCAGAGUCUGGGUUCCUGCUCACAGUGUUUAAGGGUUAUUGCCCCCUCCAUCCCUCACCUCCCUUUUUUUUUUUUUUUUUUUUUUUUAAGAACAGAAUAAACUCAAGUAGACAACA